ACUCUGAAUUUAUAUAAAAUUAUGUUUCAAGAGAAAAUGGAAAAAGCGAGUAAGACUGAGGUUAGUCUUGAGGAUCUUGCUAGAAACCCAAGGUGUCCUCAUGGGCCGACAGUUCUAUUCAAGGACAGUGUAAAAGGAAAGAAGCGUAAAUACUACUCGUGUUCUGCGUACAGAGAUAAGAAAACUUGCGGAUUCCAUGUUGAUAAAAGUUCAAAGAUUACGCCAGGAAAGCGUAUGAAUUGGACUGAACAAGAAAACCGAUUUCUUAAACAUAAAAACCACGCGGAGAGAUAUAAACAUUUCAUCGAUUUUCGGUCCAGCCAAAAACAAGAUGGAUUCUUCUGCCAAAAAUGUGAAAUAAUUUGUGAUAAAACCGGUCAUGAGGACCACACCAUUACACGGUUCUCUGCCGCAGAUCUCUCCACGCCGUCCAGAAUAUUGGAGGCAAAGGCUGAGAAUAAGAAGGAGGCGCAGUUCUUCUUCUCUGAGUCAAGUCGCGAUUACCUGCUCAAGGUUGUGAAGAAAACUGGAGGGACGCAUGUUCUCUGUAUCGGAACUCCGACACUGUAUGAAGCUCUUCCUGGAUCAAUAAAAAAACUCUUUUUGGAUAUAGAUACUAGAUAUUUAGGAUUAUUGAGUCCUGAACAGUUCUGUUGGUUUAACAUGAUGAAUUUUCAUUUCUUCCACGGAGAUGUUGCUAAAAAUCGUCUUCGCUCCUUCAUUCGUAGUGCUGGCUCCAACCUGACAAUCUUCUUGGAUCCUCCAUUCGGAGGCAGGAUGGAGCUGAUCCACCACACCAUCCAGUCCAUCCAGUCAAUCCUGGAGCAGGAGAUGGGCCGGGGGGUUUCUAAACCUAAACUCUGCUGGAUAUUUCCUUAUUUUAUGGAGAGGAAACUGAAGGAGCUUGGAUUGGGUCUGGAGAUGUGUGAGUACAGGGUGAGCUAUAUCAACCACAAGGAGUAUAGUGGAGGAGAGGGAGGGAGAAACCUGGGCUCUCCGGUCAGAUUUUUCACCAAUAUUCCUCUCAGUUCCCUGCCGCUGCCGAAUGCUGAUGAGUAUAAACAGUGUACCGAUUGUGGGUUCUAUGUUAGUUCUACAAACAUACAUUGCAAAGAGUGCAAUGCUUGCACAUCCAAAGACGGGAGACCGUACGUCCAUUGUCCGGACUGUUCCCGGUGUGUGAAGGAAACCUAUGUCCAUUGUGCCGAUUGUGUGAGGUGUCAUCUCCCAGCCUUCAAAUGCAAAAAGGAAAACGAACAGGCAGAGGACAAUGCAGACGGUGUUACUACCAUAAAACCGCAGGCGGUGGAGAAGCAAAAAUCUUCCGAGCAAUCAAAAAAAUCCGGGAAAAGGAAAUAUUUCGGAAGCCGGGGACGCGGCGGGAAUAAUAAUAAACAGAGAGGCGGUGGUGGUCGUGGUGGAAAGAGAAGAAAGUUUUAAGUUUAUUUUUUUCAGAA